AUGCUCAUUCAACUACGGCAAAAAUAUGCUGGAUGAGCUACGAGCACGAGUCAAGCACAUGGGCAGAAAAUAUCAUUUCCGUGGUGAACAGUGAAAGAUUAAAAAUAUUAGAAAUUGAUCCACAUUUUGAAUUAUGGCGGACUGGCCACUUGAGUUUGUGGUUUUGGCCAAAUGCUCUAAGAGUAGAGCAAAAACAUCAAUUGUUAAACUUCCUCAUUUUGAUGUGCAGACACCAAUGUUUAUGCCAGUAGGAACUCAAGGUACUAUGAAGGGAAUGACAUGUGAUCAGCUCAGAGAAUUGGACUGUCAAAUUAUACUUGCAAACACGUAUCAUCUUGGGAUGAGACCCGGUGUGGAGCUACUGAAUAUUGUUGGGCGAUUACAUAAAUUUAUGGAUUGGGACAGAGCAUUAUUGACGGACAGUGGUGGGUUUCAAAUGGUUUCACUUAUCGAACUCUCUGAAGUCACUGAGAAGGGGGUAAAAUUUCGCUCACCAUACGAUAACAGAGAUAUUAUGCUAACGCCCGAGAAAUCAAUGGAGAUUCAGAAUGCAAUUGGUGCUGACAUAAUGAUGCAGUUGGACGAUGUUGUUGAUGUAAAAAUUACUGGCCCUCGUGUGGAAGAAGCCAUGCAUAGAUCUAUUAGAUGGUUAGAUCGAUGUAUUCAAGGCCACAAGAGAAAGGAGCAUCAAAAUUUGUUUCCAAUAAUUCAAGGUGGAUUGAACUUGUCACUACGAACUGCUUGUAUUGAAGAAAUGGUUAAACGAAACCUUCCUGGUUACGCAAUCGGAGGUUUGAGUGGUGGAGAAGAGAAGGAUGAGUUUUGGAAAGUAGUGCAUCACUGUACAGGACUGUUACCGAAAGACAAACCUAUCUAUGUGAUGGGUGUGGGAUAUGCUGUCGAUUUAGUUGUUUGUUCAGCUCUUGGUGCUGACAUGUUUGACUGUGUGUACCCAACGCGAACAGCGAGAUUCGGUACAGCGCUUGUUCCAACUGGUCAGCUGCAUUUAAAAGCGAAUCAAUACGCGACAGAUUUUUCUCCAAUCGAUGACAAAUGCAGAUGUUCAACAUGUCAACGAUACACUAGAGCUUUUAUACACAGUUUGAUUGGAAAAGAAUCUGUAGGUUGUCAUCUGAUCACUGUACAUAAUAUCAAAUAUCAGAUGAAUUUAAUGGCUGAACUUCGUCAAAGUAUUAAAGAUGAUUGUUUUGAAGAAUUUGUUCAAACUUUUAUGUUGAUGUUGUUUCCUAAUAAAAACUAUCCUCAAUGGACAGUAGAAGCUUUUAAAGCUGUUAAUAUUGAGCUGAUAACUUGACGUCCCUUCUCUUCGAAUACAAUGGUGCAAGAUACGUUCCAGAUACAUUGUUUGGCGAAUUUGAUAUUUUGUGAGAUAUUCUAUGAAGACAUUAUAAAGUAGUAAAGUGAAAUUGAUGGUUCAUCAUAUUUAAGAAAAAACAUGAUUUUGCUGAACGUGGAUUUUUAACGUAAGCAGAUAAAUUAGGGUGGGAAAUAAAUUAUAAGUGGUA